UCGUUGGGACUAUUAAGUCCCUACACAGUCAGCAAAACGACGUUGUUCUGCGUAAAAGUCAUUUGCAUUUUGAUGUGAAAUCCCACUCUUUUUUUUAACCCUAACACUAGCAGUGAUCAUGAUCGGUUGAGAGCAAUUUUCAACCUCUCACACGCGUUGUGGCUAGAGGAAGACUAUGUUGUGUUCGAGUAGUAAUGGAAGACUAUGUUGUGUUCGAGUAGUAAUGCUAGUGAGGAGAAGAAGGCCAAGUUCCAACACCCUAAAUGCAAGCGUGGAACUUAUACAAUCAUGCAAGGAUUUGGGACAUUGAAGAACACAGACAGGAUUUUCCUCGGUUGUUCCUAUUAUCGUAUGGAGCGACUUCACUGAAAGUCUGCAACUAUUUCGUUUGGUUAGAUGAAAUGAUUUCUAAACAUUUUGGGCAUGAAGAUGACAAUGAUAUUGAAGGAAGAAUGAUGAUGCUAGAGAAUAGAUUGGAGCAAUUGGAAUAUAACAUUGAGCUUGGAAUUGAAGGAAAAUCAAAGAAAUGGAGAAAUCGGUCCUGUGUAGUGUAUUUGUCAAGGUUGCAAGAACCAAACCGAUCAAUAAACUGGACUUCUUAGUCAUCGUCCUCUGUCCCGACUACCCUGUCGACCCCUGUGACAUCAUAGGCGGGUCCAUCGGACCAGCAGUUCAUCAUGGUCCCGAACCCAACUACGUGGCUCCUUCUGAUAUGCCCUUCCAACUCUAGCGACA